GGAAAGAGUUGGAAGUACCUAUUUCGCAUAAUGGCAUUGAAGGAUUAGCACGUCCAGAUGAGAUAAAUGCAAAUGAUUAUGAGAGCGGAGAUGUCUUUGACGAGUGGAAGUACGAGAGUGAAGAAGGGUUAGAGGAAGAAAGUUAUUAUACAGAAAAGCGAUCGGAGGGAGAAGAGACAACCCUCGAAGAAAUUCUGAGUCCCGUUAUCUACCUGGCUGCCCUGGAAUAA